AUAUAUAAAUAUUUGUUACUCGCUUAUCAUUGUUCGCUGACAUUAUUUUCAAAGUAUCGUAUAACAGUUCAUAGAGCUAAUAUUUGUCACAGCGAACGUAUCGUAGUAAUAAUAAGCUGACAGGAGAAAUAUGUUUGGAUAACGUGAUAGUUGUCACGUCGUACGCUGUAAAGAUUACUGAAGCCGCGGGCCCGCGUUGAGACGUGGAGAGAGAGCGGCCUACCAGCUGUUCCUGUUACUGAUAUACCGUAAUAAUUCCAACUUUACACACCCGAUGAAAUAAACGCAAUGUUUGUGUAAGCGUAAAUGCACUUGUGCAUAUUUACUUGAUGGAAUAUUAAUCAAUAAAAACGAUGCGACGAGUAUGUCAAUGAGGUUUACGUUCGGCAGCAAGAUUUACGUUUCUGGUGGCACGUAGUCUGGUGUCUGGUCAAUGUCGUUAAAAGUGGGAAGCGCAUGCUGUCGCAGUGACGCGCGGUAAUCAUUUUUAGUAUCAGGUUGAGAACGUGAUUAAAAGGGGUUUUGAAGGAGGUGUACGCGGCAGUGAAUCGUAACAAUGAGGAUGAGCGAGCCCAGUGGAAAUAUGUUUAGAAUAGUGUUACUACUUACGGUGCUUAUACCUUCUAUCGUGGAUUCCAAUUAUUUCGGGACGAACGACAAAAAGAACGAUCAAUGCUUCUGCAAGCUGAAAGGGUCGAUCGAUGACUGCAGCUGCAGCGUGGAUACUGUGGAUUAUUUUAAUAACGUAAAGAUUUAUCCGAGACUUCAGAGUCUUCUAGUCAGAGAUUACUUUCGCUUUUAUAAAGUAAAUCUAAAACAAGAAUGUCCGUUUUGGAGCGAUGACAGUAAAUGUGCAAUGAGAUACUGUCACGUGCAACCUUGCCAAGACGAAGAUAUACCAGAGGGUUUAAAAGGAGAUGUAUUAAGGAAUUUUCAUUUUAAUGAAAGUCCUAUAGAUAAAUACAAGCCUGAAGCACAGUUCAGUGAUUGUCUAUAUAGUGCUAAAGAUCACAACAGAGAACUCGGCUAUUUAAACACGACAAUUAGUUUAGAGAAAUACAAAGACUUUGAACUAUGGCAACAGUAUGACGACGCUCAAGAUAACUUUUGUGUGAAAGAAUCUAGUCCUGGAGAAUAUGUGAACCUACUGUUGAACCCUGAGAGGUAUACAGGAUACAAAGGACCCAGUGCGCAUAGAAUAUGGAGAAGCAUUUAUAUGGAGAAUUGUUUUAGACCCGAGAAUUCGCCACACAACUUUAUUCAGUCUUCGAAAAUAAAUGGAAUGUGCUUAGAAAAACGAGUUUUUUACCGUGUCAUAUCGGGCCUUCACGCCAGCAUCAAUAUACACUUGUGCGCAAAAUAUUUGACAUCGUCGAAAGACACUUUGGGAAUAGUUCCUGGCGGUGGUCAGUGGGGCCCUAAUUUAAAAGAGUUCAGGAGAAGAUUUUCACCGGAGGAAACUGGAGGCGAAGGACCAAACUGGUUGAAAAAUUUGUACUUUAUCUAUCUACUCGAGUUGAGAGCUUUAGAGAAGGCUGCACCAUAUUUGGAGAGGGAGGAAUAUUAUACUGGGAAUAAAGUACAAGACGCGGACACUCGUGUGGCGAUUAACGAUGUCUUAAACGUCGUUAGAUCGUUCCCCGAGCACUUCAACGAGAGUGUCAUGUUUACUGGCGGGGCUGAAGCGCAGUUGUUGAAAGAAGAAUUUAAGCAACACUUUAGGAAUAUAUCUAGAAUUAUGGAUUGCGUAGGAUGCGACAAGUGCAAACUGUGGGGUAAACUGCAAAUACAUGGUUUGGGCACAGCGCUGAAAAUUUUGUUCUCUGGGAAAUUCGAUAGAUGGGAACCGACGUUGAUUCAUUUCAGUAGAAAGAAGUUCUACUUGGAAAGAAGCGAGAUUGUAGCACUCAUAAAUGCUUUUGGAAGACUGUCUGAGAGUAUCUUUGAGCUGGACAAAUUCAGACAAAUGAUGAGAUAGCAAUACCACGACUCGAGUUACUGCAGUAAAAUACAUCACACAAAUUAAGUUAUACAUUUUUUAAUUAUAUAGUAGAUUUAUAUAGCGACUCAUUUGUACAUCGGAUAGAAAGUACUUUUACAUUUUAUACGGUAUAAAGUCGCAGUAAAAAUAUUUCCUCUUUAUUUUUCAUUUGCGGCGAGAACUAACUCAUUGUCAUUAAGAAACGAGUUAUAUUUCACGCUGUCCAAAUUGCAAGGAGUUAUGUUGAAAUUUUAUUGCGAUUUUACUGAUAACUCUUCGACUCUAUCUGUGAUAAAUAUUUUCUCUGUAGAAACGAUUCUUCUACCUAUUUUGUGCGAUGCAAUACUUCAGUUUAGAGACAGCUUAGAUGUAUCGAUUUGUUGAAUUUUUAAAAUAUUUACAUUUUAUUUGAUGCUACGAGAAUUAGAACUCGCCUCUCCUCGAGUUUACACUAGUUUCAACAAAUAUUAUCAGUAUUGUACAGUCUUCUAUAUACAUGAAAUAAAACAACGAUUAGCAGUCCUUUUUCUUUCAAGGGAAACUCGAUUUUAAUACGUUACGUUUGAGGGAACGUACGUUAUAAAAAUCGUCCAAGAUAGACCAAUUUUGUAUAACGAUGUACAUUUUUUGAAAAAUCUUAUAUUCCAUGUUUUUAUAUUGUUGCGCGUAUAACGAAGACGAUAUAAAUUUUAAUAUUAUUUUCCGAUAAAUUUACAUACAACAUACCAGUGUACCAUACUUCGAUAUCUAAUAAUUAUUUACCAAACGUUCAACGUUACUGUAUAUACACGUAUUAUUAGUAUAAUUUAUUGUCAGUGAAAAUCAUGCCGUUUGUAAUUUAUAAAAUGUAUAACAAUGUUCAGUUUACUUCUUAAAGUAGAUGAUUUCCAGCGUGCUAGUAAAUUUACGAGAUUUAACUAGAUGAAUCAAUUCGCCCCUACAUUUUUUCUGGUAAAGUGAUUCAUCUGGAUAAAUCAAGACUCAACUCUAAUUAUACGAAUUUGAACACAGCGUGAAGAAAUUGAUAUUUUAUAUACGAGCUCACGUGUAAUAGUGCACCGAUUUCUUUGGAAUGCAUAAUACAUAGCAGGUUCAUCAUGUAAUCCAUUUAUUUCUAAAAAGAAACAAAAAAAAAAAAAUACUGUAUGAUACGAUUGUAAAAGGUAAUGGGUUUUGAAUAAAACGAAAUUGCAAUGUUA